AUGUUUUUGCCCAACCCUCAGAACCAGUGUUUGCCCCUCUGGGGUGAUAUUGCCCCAUUGAGAGUCCAGGGGGCUGUGUUUCGCCCCAAAGAGCGCAGCCUCCACGGCUCCCUGUCUGUGCACGUCUCUGGUCGGGAGAUGGUUCUGCUGGAAGUCAACGCCAGUCUGGAUGGCCGGAGAAGCAGCUGGGGCUGGGGCAUGGGUGUCUUCCUCCACCAGGAAGUCCUCAGGGCCCCCACAUUGGCUCAGCUGCAGCUUUCCAGCAAGAUAACCCCUUCAAGGAUCCGGCUGCUUUCCAAGGCACUGCUGGACCAGAACGCAGCACAGCUUCUCCUCAGGGCGUCUGAGGAGUGGAGGGGGGGCCGGGUCCUGACCCUGCAGAGCCAGGUCCAGCACACGGUGGCGAGCUGGGCAGCGGUUCCCUCACUCCUGACCCUCACGGGCGUGCUGAAGCAGAAGGAGACACUUCGAGAAGGUGCCAUUAAGAUCAGUGCUGACUCAGCUGUGCUGGGUUUCCUCCUGCGGGACAAGCAUGAGAAGGCCUGGAACAGCACUAGUGUGCACAGCGUGACCUGCGUCCUCACCCAGAAUGGCAGCCAGGCCUGGCCAGGACAGCUCCAGCUGAGGGGGCGGCUGCAAGUCCAGACGGGGAGCCUCAGGGGCCGGGCCGGCAUCCGGGCUGACGCCGCCAGCCUGGCUCUGGGUGGAGCCUGUGCCUGGGACCUUGGGCACGGCCAACUGACAGGCAGCCUGAGACACAGCCUCAGUUCACUGUGCACCGCAGUGGUCUGUGUGGUGCCCGAAGCCUGGCCCAGCCUGCCCGGGAACACGGUUGCAAAAGCCCUGGCAGCCCUGGGCCCGGCUGGUCCUCGGGAGCUGGGAAUCCCGAGGGACAUGGACUCACGGCUGCCCCCCGUGGCUGUGCACAGCGUGACCUGCGUCCUCACCCAGAAUGGCAGCCAGGCCUGGCCAGGACAGCUCCAGCUGAGGGGGCGGUUGCAAGUCCAGACGGGGAGCCUCAGGGGCCGGGCCAGCAUCCGGGCCGACGCCGCCAGCCUGGCUCUGGGUGGAGCCUGUGCCUGGGACCUUGGGCACGGCCAACUGACAGGCAGCCUGAGACACAGCCUCAGUUCACUGUGCACCGCAGGACUCCCCUCCGAGGCGAAGGUGCUCUUGUCACUCACCCACAUGGCUCCCAACCACUCAGUGCACCUGGCACUGUGGAGCAAGGAGAGUCGGCUGGAAGCUGCCCUCGGCCUAGAGGGCCCAGUCCCUGGUUCCCUGGGCCGCAGCCUCCACGCCAGCCUCCACCACACCAUGGCAGGCCUCAGGGGCUGGGGCCUCCCUUUCUCUGUGGAUGGCCACGGGCACUUCCAGAGCACAGCACAUGGUCUGGAGGCCGGACUGACAGCUAGUGUGGACGGCAGUGAGCGUCUUCCCAAGACCCCCGAGAGGAGCCCAGAGGGCGCCCUGCCUACACGGCUGGAGCUGAGCAUGUGGCCGGUCAACUGCAGCAGAGACGCCUUGCUUGCCUGGCCAGCGGGAGACUCCACCAGGCAGCCUCUCGAGAGUCUGGCUGUGCUGUCCUUGAAUGGGUCUCUCCUGGUCCAUGCCCACACGGCCAGCCUGCUGGCUCAGGUCUCUUCUGGAGACACCUUUGCCCGAGGCCACGUCCACACAGCCUCUGGCCAGCACACCCUCCUGGAAGCCGGCCUCCAGCACCUGUGGCCCUCACUUCAGGCUCUCGGGGUUGCCUCCAACAACCACGUCCGUGUGUCUGUGGGUGGGAGUGAGCCCCCGUGGGCCCAGCUGAAGGUGGCCCUGGGCCAGUGCAUGCUGACCGUCCAUGGGGACGUCAAGGCAGAUGCCAAUGCCACACACAAUUGGACCCUCUCUCUGGUGACCCGCUGCCCCUGGAUGCAGGCAACAGGUAUCCCUCCGGCCCUGCACUCCAAGGGGAGCCUGCACUGGGCCCCCUGCAGGUUCGACCUGGCCUCAAGCCUCCACAGUGACCGUGGAGACGCCCACCUGCAGCUGGCCCGUACCUGCGGGCCCCAGGCCUCGGUCAGUGGGCGCCUGGCCCACACCCUACCCCUGCUGGGCCACCUGGGCCUGCCACCCAGCAGUGCCAUCAGCCUGACCACCCGGCCCAGCCCUGCUGCCCACAGCUCCCUGGCCCUCCAUGUGGGGCCGUGCCAGCUACAGGGUUCCCUGGAACAGCUCACUGGGAGCCGAAGCACAUGGACGCUGGAGGCCGAGCCAGGCUGCCCACUUCUGGAGAGCCUGGGCCUCCCAGCGGGCACGCAGCUCCGUGGCUCCCUGCGGAUUACAGGUGGGGAAGCAGAGGCCACGGGGGCCCUCACUGCAGCAGGCCAGAUGGCCUCCCUGACCUUCGCGACAGUCCUGCGCCAGACUGAGGCCACACUCCGAGCGAAGCUGAGGCACACGCUGCCUGCCCUCCGGGCUGUCCCCCGAGAGACCUCGCUUAGCGCCCAGCUCGGGUGGGAGACUGGGCAUCGGCUGGGCCUGGGUCUGCAGGUGGGCGCCUGUGAGCUGCGGGGCGGCGGUGAGCUGCAGCUGGACCAUGAUCUGCGGUGGCAUGUGCUGGCCCAGAGCUCCUGUGAGACCCUGCAGGCCCUGGGGGUCCCAGCCCGAGUCGGCAGCUCUGGCUACGUUGUGGUGGACGCCGUGGCAUUGGACGCCCAGGCACAGGUCUCCGUGGACACCCACAGGCUGCUGGGGCAGCUCACCCUCCAGAGCACCGAGACCCAGCAGGACCUGGACGUGAUGCUCACACACAACCUGCCCCAGGCUGGACCCUUAACCCUCCCAGCCCGGGUCUCACUGGGCCUGGCCACCGAGAGACGUGGGCCCAGCUACAAGUGCACCCUGCGAGUCAGCGCGGACGGCAGACAGUACCGUGGAGACAAGGGGGUGGGAGAUGAAGAUUCCGACCUCCCUCCCCUCGGUGUCCACAUCCGGAAGUGGGUGAUAGCGCCCGAGCCUGGCCAGUUGUCCCUGCCCGGAGGCCGCUACACGUGGCCCUUCCUCCUGAGCUGCCGGCCCAGCAGCCCUGGUCUCUCUCUUCGUCUGUGUUCACGUACUCGGAGGGCUGGUCCAGCCUCUCGUUUCAAUGCCCUCUCUGCCGACAGCGACCCCACCUCUCCCUGUAGCGGGGCCUCACUCCUGGACCCCAGGCCUGUAAGUCCAAGCCUCCGCGUGGAGGCCUCGUGA